UAUGAUCUUCCGAGUCGCACCUCGGACAGCUAUAUAAACUAAGGAGCAUACCAGAUUAGACAUCGCAGUAGUUAUCGUGCGUCGUCAUGGACAGGUGUCUCCAGAUAGUGCUUUACGCAGUCGCCAUCGGCGUUGCUCGUGCUAGACCUGAUAUCCUUCAGGGCUACGUGGUUCCAGUCGGCCUCUCCACCCAGUACCACGCUCAAGAUGCACUUGGACAAUACAGCUACGGGUACUCUGAUGGUCUGUCUAGCAAGAACGAGGUGAAGACAUUCGACGGUGUGACCCGCGGUGGAUACUCAUACUUGGAUUCUAAUGGAUUAGUCCAGAGUGCCGCGUAUACAGCAGACGCUGUGAAUGGCUUCAAAGUGUCGGCAACUAACCUGCCCGUGGCUCCCAAAGCUGACCCCGCAGAUGCACCCAGUCCCGUCCAAGAUACGCCUGAGGUAUCUGCGGCUAAAGCCGCCCACAAGGUGGCACAAGACGCUGCUACCGUGGCCGCUGCGGCCCCCGAGGUCCCUCUUGUCUACUCAGCGAUAGUGCCCGGUGGCUUCGCUUACUCCACAUAUGGCGGAGUUCCAGGCAUAUUAGCUUACUCUUCUGUAGCACCAAUACCUCUUGUUUCUCCAGGAGUUCCAGCUGAUACACCAGAAGUCGCUGCUGCAAAAGCUGCCCACUUCGCUGCCCACGUCGAAGCCAAGUUGAAGAGCCUUGGCUGAAAAGAAGAGUACAGGAACUGAGGCUUCCCUUUCAAUACUUAAGAACUUGGCAAUCCGAUUCUAAUUACUGUAAGGCAAACGAAAGUAGGAGGUAAAUUGUUGUCAGUUUUGACAUGACCACUUCCGACUUACAAAAACAAUGCAUUUUCAAAUUCGGCGCACACACGGUCCUUUGUAUUCUUACAGCGAUACGCAUAAAAUCCUCCUCAGUUCGCUGUGUUAUUUUAUUUGUUUUCAUUUAAAUUCAGUGAGAAACUCAAAAUACCAAUCAUUUUUGACAGUAACUGUGAAGAGGUGUUGUAAAGAGAUUCCUGCAUUUUCCGGUCUUUGGCUUUAAUUUCGAAUGCGCUUUUCCCAGGUUUCCCUGGACUGGACCUCUGUUUAUGUAAUUUUUUCUUAAGUUUCCUUUUGCCUCUCAUACAUUCACGGGGCAUUCUCUAUUUUCCAUCCUACUUACAAGUCAAAUAAGUCCCUGCAACUAAUUUUAUGUUCUUUCUUUAACUAGUUGAUGUACAGUUCCUUUAUUCUCUUAUAUGUAUACAGUACGAAGCUAACAGUCUUCAUUAUAUUAGUCUUCAAGACAUAAAAUAUAAAUGUAACGUAGCGUAUAGUAUCUAUGAUUUCAUUUCUGCAAGUGUUUUAAAAGCAGUCAAUAAAAGUAAUAUUUUAUUACAUAAAUUCACAAAUUAA